CCUGCAUGCGACUGAACUGAAGAUCUGAAAAAGCAAUGGAGCAAGAGUCAGCCCAGAAUGUACUGGAUAGUGUUCUCUUUGAUGUGUGGGCAGCAGCAGUACUACCUCUGUUGUCACUUGCUGACAUCUUUCAGCUAUGCGGAGUUACGAGACACGUCCAGGAGCUGCUGCGUAAUGAAAACACAUUCAGGCGUCUGUGCCAGAAUCGCUAUCAGAUUAGUCCAAAUUUGAAACUGUCAUACAUCACAGUUGCGAAGCACCUCUGCAUCGCCACCAGAGUAUCCAGCAUACGUGAAAGCAUACAUUUGGCUCCCCACUUCUGCGUUUUCGAGUGCCCUGAUCUUCAUUAUCAUUUCCAGGUGUUCAACCAACGACUCCGAACGAUUGUGCAGUUGUCCAGCCUAGCGUUGAUGCCGCCUAAAUCCCAUACAAUUAUCCGGUACAGUCCUCCGCUAUCGAAGCGUUUGACCAAAGAACUUUGGCUACCAUCAAAUAUCACUUCUUCCUUCCUACCCAACCUUUCAACUUCAUUGAUUGAGGAAAAGUGUACAGCAGGAGAAGAGAUGAUGUACAGAUUAGCAGACGUGACGAGUUUGUUGUUGGAGAUUUGUGGCUCCCAUGAAGAGUACCAAACAUGUAUCCUGAAAAAAUUGGAAGAGGAUAUUUCGGAGACUGAGUCAUACUUGCCCUACGCGAACCGCACUUGCAAGCUAGUCGAGCUUGCAAAAUGCUUUGAAAGCGUUGCAAGGAGGGAUCCAACAUUGCUCUCAUCACUAAAAUGUGAAACUCUGGUACCAACACUUCCCAAGCACAUUACUACUCGGUGGAUCUAUAACCCAUACGACAAUAUAUUAAUCGAGAAUGAUAAGAGUGACCUUCUCAGCGAUGACGUGUUGGCGACUCAGAAUUGGAUCGACUUCACGGUGCGGCUAGCAGAGCGUCACUCAUUGCUCAAGCUCCUCAUCAGAGGAAUCCUACAUGUAUCGCAGUUUGAGGAUUACUUUGUGGCUGUCAGGGAGUACGAAGAGCUCUGGCACAGCCUGCCACAGUCUAGUCGCCCCAGCCAGAAGGUUAUCUACUGUGACCUGGGAAGUUACCUACUUACCACAUUACCAAGGUCACAGUGUGAAAAGGAACUGACAAAAGAGGAAUUGCUGAACGCCAUGGAGCUGUUUGGCAGGAAGAUUGUUGAGUGUUCGUCCGACCAGUCAUCGAGUAUGGACCUCUACUUUCUAUGGUAGCUGAGCAGAGUCACCUCCAGUGUCUGAACAAUGUUCAGCGCCGCGCAAUUCCGAUAUGAUGCUAUCGGCCAUGGGGCAGACCUACCCAGCCUGGUCAUCCGUCUUACUGUUGCCUUGCUUGCCUGCCUGUACAAGCUGCACUACUUGCCUGGUCCUCCCCAGCUGCUCUCUGUGGUGCCACCGCACCACAUCACCACAUCACCUCUACUAGUACUAACCCUAGAACCUGCCGUGAGCACGGUGCUGUCAGUGGCCAUGACCACCAGCUCCAACACCAGCUGCCUGCAUCUGCCCCGCUGGCACUGAAGCGCUCCUUUACACACUGCAGCAUCAGCGAUUGGAACUCCCUCCCUGCCGCUCUCCUGUCCCAGCCUCUCCACAGCAAGGGAAUGCAAUCAUUCAAAACGAAAGUUUAUCGCCAUCUUCGCAGCACAAACUGGCUCUGUGCAGUCCAUUCCCUAUGAAUAGUCUGAUGCUAUGAUAGUUUCUCCCCCACACUAGCUCGUGUUAAACCUUGGGUUUGUGCAUCUUUCUGACCUGUACAGCUCCUUCUUCUUCAUUUUGUGAUGUGGUGCGGUGGCAUCUUGCUGCGUUCUGUUGUAGUUGUGAUGGUUGUGGUUCUACUGUUGUUGGACCUACAAUGCACAUACACUACUCGUCUAUAGCCUAUAAAGCAUUGCAAUCAGAUAUUCUUGCCAUGAGUUAAUCCUGAUCAUUUUUGGUUUAUUUGGCGUACAUGUAUUGCCAAUUGGAUUGUACUUGAUAUUUCCUUUUCUCACAGUUUUUCAAAGUAAAAACGUACUGUACUCUAAUUGUUGUGUUUGUUUCCUGUUUCUCUCUAUUAUCUAACGGCGGAGACCAGCUGGGUGCUAGUUUCCAAUAAAAUGAUUGAUAAGUGCUACAAGUAUCUUACGAUGGACUGAACAUCCAGCCAUGGCGACAAGAGUAUUUCACCAGUAAAAUACGGCUUGGAAUGUUUUUAACAUGAAUAUCG